GAAGGAAAGAAUUUGAUGAAGAAGAUCAAAAUAAGGUCUUCUUCAUCAAAUUUCUGAAUCUCAUUCCUUAUGUUUUGUUUCAAUCCCAAUCUAACCCAGAUUUGUUGUCUGUUUUGUUUUGUCUUCAAACAGGAAAAGAGGGCAAGAUUUUUCUAAUGUUGUGGAUUUGUUCCUAAAAUUAAAAUAAAGUGUUUUUAAGAAAAUUGAAUGGAUAUGGGUGGUUGCAUCUAGACUUUUAUUUAUCCCAGUGAAAAGAUUCUUUUUGGUGGAUAAAAUUUUCCAGGUGUCAGAAAUACCUCCAUAUCAGAUCUCAGUAACCCCACCACCAUUAUUUCAUUUCAUCUGUUUCUGGGUUUUCAUCCACUAAAUCUCUUUCUCAUUACACCACAAUUGUUUAGUUGUCUGUACGGCUGAGUUGUUUUUCUUAAUAAAAAGAAAGGAAUAAGUUUUCCUUUUUCUCUUUAGGGGUUGUUUGCAACAAAAGAAAAAUUCUUUUCUUCUCCUAAUUUACUAAUAACUUUUAUUCUGAUUAGUCAUUAACAAAGGGUGGCCCACUUUUGGGGUUUGGUGGGCUCUGAUAUUAACCAAUAAAAACCCUUUCUUUUUGUGAUUUGUUUUUUGGACGAUUUGUUUAUGAAUGGAAGGAAGACGAGAGGAGAGGACAGACAAUUGGGUUCUACCAUUGAUUUCUUUUGCCUUAUUUCAUUGAAUUUGGACUCACAGACAAUAAUUUCACCUUUCUUUCUUUUCUUUUUUCAUUUUGUAUUUUUCUUGGAAUGCUACUACUUUACUUCUUCCUUACUUGUUUUCCCAUCAUCUUCCUGUUUAAGUUGAAGAAAUCACUUCCACCAUGGGAUACUGAGGUGAAAUUAUUGUCUCUCUGGUUUGGGAAAGACGUUUCCUUUUCUUCCGUUACCAAGUUUAUCAAAACUAGUUCUAGUCUUUGUUAUUUCACCUCCAAAAUGUCUCUCAAAAAGAUGUCUCUCACUUCAAAAGUUGACAACUUUGAGGAGGAAGUUGUUGAAGAAGGAGCUGCCAUGUCAAUUUUGGACUUACCAGAAUUGGUCCUGGAAAGCAUUCUCGAAAGACUACCACCUGCUAGUCUUUGUAGCAUGGCUGGUGUUUGCAGCUCUUUAAGAAGUAGGUGUAUCACUGAUCAUUUCUGGGAAAAACAUAUGAAAAACAAGUGGGGUAGAAUUAUUGGUCCUGUUGCUUAUAGAGAGUGGCAAUGGCUUAUUGCUUUAAGAAAGGAUUCAAGUCAUUUGAAACAAUGGAGACCAAAAGGUUUGAUGAGGAUUUUCUCCAUUGUUAGGCCAUCUUGGUGGAUUAAACCAAAGGUUGAUGAUUGUAGUAAGCAGAGUUCUUUGCCACGUGAGUCAAUCAUGUCUUGGUUUCUUGCUCUGGAAACUGGUAGAUUCUGCUUCCCUGCUCAGGUCUAUAACCGUGAGAUUCCUUGGCAGAAUGGCCAUGUUGGUUUUAUGCUAUCAUGCUAUGAUGCAGAGCUGUGUUAUGAUCAACGUACUGACACAUUCCAAGCAAGGUACCCUCCUCAUGGAAGGAGGGCAGUAGCCAUAGAGAAUAACGUGCCGUGGGAACGGAUAAGAGCACCGCCCGUUGACACUUCACCACAUGAUCUUCAUAUUUCUGAUUGUCUGAAUGAGCUACGCCCAGGUGAUCACAUUGAGAUUCAAUGGAGAAGAAACAAAGAAUUCCCUUAUGGUUGGUGGUAUGGUGUAGUUGGUCACUUGGCAUCAUGUGAUGGGAACGAAAAUUACUGCCGUUGUCAUAAUAGUGAUACGGUUGUGUUAGAGUUCAACCAGUAUGCCCUGGGCUCAAGGUGGCGACACACGACGAUCGACCGGAAAGAACAUCGGGAGGAGGGAAACGAGGGAGAUGGAUUUUAUGGUGGAAUCCGAAAACUUGGCAGCGUCGAGGAGAUAUCGACAUGGAAGCGGCUGUGGCCAGCUGAAAUCCUGGAAUAGCCAUUUCCCUCCUCAUGCAUGUCUAUAAAAAUGGUGGUACUGAAAGUGGAGGGGAGCAUUGUUCUAAAAUCCGUCUUGGCAUAUCCCACGAUUAUGUAAAGCUUGUGUUGAUUUAUUGAUGGGGGUAGAGAAGAACCACUUUGUGAAACAUGGAAUAUUUAUAUGCUGUAGACCUCAGACGAUGUAGGUUGUCCUUCCUUUUCCACCCUCCAAAUUUUGUUUCAACCCUUCUUCUUCUAUGAUUAUUUGUUGAUAUUGCAUUUGACAAUCAUGAGAAGUAAAUCUUCUUUUAUUCUAA